AAUUGAUUAAUUAAUUAAAUUGAAUGCAUCCACAGUCAUUCAUCAUCAUCAUCAUCUAUUGCAAUUGUACCUUCUCUGCUACUACACUCAUUUCUCUACAACAACCCCUUUCUUCUCUCAAUCCAAUUCAAUCCAAGGUAUAUUAUUUCUGGUUUGGCAUCAUUCCGACAUUGUCCGACAGGUUUCAGAAUCCUUGUCAAGAUUAACGUUUAAAGAUGGUUUUAUACGACCAUUCAGAUGUUUAUCAGUGGGGUCUUAAUCUUCUUGAUGGUGACCCUGGUUAUAAUCUGGGGUACUAUGACAACAUAGUUCAACAUGAUACCAGUGACAUCUAUAAUGGACACUACUUCAAUAGUCAUUACGAUAACGAGUGUAACCAUGUAGAGAGUGAUGAGAUCCUUGCUCGUGCUCUUCAAGAAGAGUUUUCACAGCUAGAGAUUGCUGAAUCUUCAAGAUAUUUACAAGGAGGUGAAAAUCAGUUUCAUGUUACUGAGACCGAGCCAUCAUAUGAUUGGCAUGAUCCUUCAAUGGUCAAUUAUUGUUCAGAAGGUCAUGAUUAUGCCCAAGAAGGAGUUGGUGAUGUAGAAAGUUCAUGUUCUAGUCCCCCUGAAACAGAAGAGUAUUCAUUGGAGAUAACCGACAAUUAUCCACUUGAUGAUGAAGUGGGGAAGAGAUUGAGUCAAAUGAUACCUAUUCCUCAUGUUCCGAAAAUUAAUGGAGAAAUUCCUUCAAUUGAUGAAGCUACAUCAGAUCAUCAAAGGCUUCUGGAUAGAUUGCAACUAUAUGACUUUGUGGAGAACAGGGUGCAUGGUGAUGGUAAUUGUCAGUUCCGUGCACUGUCUGAUCAAUUGUAUCAUGCCCCUGAGCGCCACAAGUUUGUGAGAAGACAUGUUGUCAAUCAGCUCAAAUCUAAUCCGGAGAUUUAUGAUGGAUAUGUUCCCAUGGAAUACGGUGACUAUUUGGACAAGAUGUCAAAGAGUGGAGAAUGGGGUGAUCAUGUCACUCUUCAAGCUGCUGCAGAUUCGUAUGGUGUGAGAAUAUUUGUCAUGACUUCUUUCAAGGACACCUGUUGCAUAGAGAUACUUCCUCAUUUUGAGAAGCCAAAAGGAGUGAUUUUUCUGAGUUUUUGGGCAGAGGUGCAUUAUAAUUCCAUCUACCCUCAAGGAGAUAUAACUUCAAAUGAGUCAAGAAAGAAGAAAAAAUGGUGGAGCUUUGGGAACAAGAAUUAGGGACUUGGUUGGUCUCCUGAGAACACAUUUGAACCUGUACACUUUCCUUGUUCAGGAUUUAACUUAUACAUCUUCACAUCUGGAUUUAGGAAUAACAUGCUUUCAUGCAAUCGAUCUGGACCAUGGAUCAACAUUGUACAGUUCUCAUUUCUGCUUUGCAUUUUAGACCCAAUUUACCAAAGUUGAAAUAUGGACUGUCCAAUUUUGAUCCUGCGGUCAAGAUCAGACUGCAUGGCUACUCCCUCCUGAUGUGGGAUUUCUUGACCGCAGGAAAGCGUGAUGUCAAUCAUAAUAAUUAGUUUGAUUUUCUUCUAUUAAUUUUAGUAUAAAUCUGGGAUAUGCUGUGCUGCAACCCAGUGGCAUUUUGGAUGCUAUGUUAAAGUAACCUUUACCAAAGGUUACGCAUAAAGGAUUAGACUUUAAAGUAGACCGUCCGAUUAAAUAUAUAUGGCGUUUCAAUGUUUCAUGGCUUCA